AUGGCGGACGAAGCCAAGCCUGAGGUGAACAAGAUCAAUGUCCGGGUGAAGAACCAGGGCGGGGAGGAGAUCCACUUCGCCCUCAAAUCGACGACGAAGCUCUCGAAAAUGAUGCAGGCCUAUGCUGACCGGCAGGGGCAGCCGGUCGACUCAUUUCGCUUCGUGUUUGACGGCGAGCGCCUCAAUCCCGAUCACACAGUUGAUGAUGCAGGAUUAGAGGACCAGGACAGCAUCGACGCCUUCCAGGAGCAGGUCGGCGGCCACGCUGACAAAGAGCGCGCUGCUCCGAGCUUCGGAAAGUAG